CUGUGCUCACUGUUGCAUGACGUCAUCCUCGUUUCCUGUUAGAAUCCAGGAAGUGGCUUUAAGGCUGUUGUUUGUGUUCGUUGGUCAUUUUUUUCGUGUCUGGUUUUUGGGUGUUUUUUUCUGGUUUAAGCGCUGACGGGCCGAAAUGGCGACAUUUAUUUCAGUCCCGUUAAAAAAGUCGUCUGAGGUGGACUUGGUGAAACCGCUUUCGAAAUAUAUCACAGUGUCGUACCCCGCGGGCGAGGAGCAAGCAGAGUAUGUCCGCGCCGUGGAUGAGUUGAACAAGCUCCGCAAGAACGCGCUGGGAAGGCCGCUCGACAAACACGACAGCUCCCUGGAAAUCUUACUCCGAUACUACGACCAGCUGUGUGCUCUGGAGCCCAAGUUCCCCUUCUCUGAAAACCAGAUCUGCUUAACCUUCACGUGGAAAGACGCCUUUGAUAAAGGAUCCCUGUUUGGGGGCUCAGUCAAACUUUCUUUGGCUAGCUUGGGCUAUGAGAAGACAUGUGUGCUGUUCAACUGUGCAGCUUUGGCCAGUCAGAUCGCAGCAGAGCAGAAUAUGGAUAAUGAUGAGUGUCUGAAGACCGCUGCGAAAUACUAUCAGCUGGCCAGUGGAGCUUUCAGUCACAUUAAGGACACGGUGCUGUCUGCACUGAGCCGGGAGCCCACCAUGGACAUCUGCCCCGAGACUGUAGGAACGCUGAGCCUUAUCAUGCUGGCUCAGGCUCAGGAGGUCUUUUUCCUCAAAGCCACCUCAGACAGAAUGAAAGACGCCGUCAUUGCAAAGCUGGCCAACCAGGCGGCAGAUUUCUACGGCGACGCCUUCAAGCAGUGCCAGUACAAAGACAACCUUCCUAAGUAUUUUUAUUUUCAGGAAGUGCUGCCGGUGCUGGCAGCAAAGCACUGCAUCAUGCAAGCCAACGCCGAGCUGCACCAGAGCGCCCUCGCCAAGCAGAAGAAGCACUUUGGAGAGGAGAUUGCACGUCUGCAGCACGCCUUGGAGCUGGUGAAGACGGUGGCGUCUCGCUACGAUGAGUACGUGAGCGUGAAGGACCUGAUGGACAAGAUCAACCGAGCGCUCACAGCAGCCAAGAAAGACAACGACUUCAUCUACCACGACCGUGUUCCCGAAGUCAAGGACCUGGAACAAAUCGGCAAGGCGGCGCUGGUCAAAGCCACCGCCAUCACGCCUCCGCUCAGCCAGAAGUUUACAGAUUUGUUUGAAAAGAUGGUGCCGAUGGCGGUGCAGCAAUCCAUGAGCGUCUACGGUCAGAGGAAAAAUGAGACGGUUAACAGGCUGGUAGGAACCAUGAGGGAAGCCACCAACCUCUGCAACGGGGUCUUGGCGUCCCUCAACCUGCCUGCUGCUCUGGAGGAUCUGUCCGGAGACUCCAUCCCUCAGUCCAUCGCUGACAAAGCUAAAUCCAUCGUGGAGAAGGGAGGUCUGCAGAGCAUCGAGCAGCUGAUCAAAGACCUGCCCGAGCUCCUGACCCGCAACCGAGAGAUCCUGGAUGAGUCUCUGAAGAUGCUCGAUGACGAGGAAUCAACAGACAAUGAGCUGAGAGGCAAGUUUAACCAGCGCUGGAACAGGACGCCGUCUGGAGACCUCUACAAGCCCCUCCGCACCGAGGGCACCAACUUCCGCAACGUCCUGGACAAGGCGGUGCAGGCGGACCAGGUGGUGAGGGACCGCUACAACGCCCACUGUGACAUGAUCGCCCUGCUGUGCAAACCGCCGAACGAGCUGAGCGCCGCCAUCCCCUCGGCCAACCCCACCAAGACUCUGCAGGGCAGCGAGAUCGUGAACGUGCUGCGCUCCCAGCUCGCCCAGCUGGAGGAGAUAAAGAAAGAGAGGGAGACGCUGGAGGGGGAGAUCAAGGCCGUGACGUUUGACAUGAGCGUCACCUUCCUGACGGCGCUCGCUCAGGACGGCGCCAUCAACGAGGAGCAGCUGUCACUCGCCCAACUGGACAAGCUGUACGGCAGCUACAACGAGAGGGUGCAGGCCAGCCUCCGCUCCCAGGAGGAGCUGCUGGGACAGGUUCAGGUUUCUCAUCAGGAGUUCAGCAGCCUGAAGCAGUCCAACACUGAAGCCAACCAGAGGGAGGAGGUCCUGAAGAAGCUGGCUUCAGCUCACGACAGCUACGUUGAGAUUAGCAACAACCUGCGUGAAGGCACCAAGUUCUACAACGACCUGACGGAAAUUCUGCUCAAGUUCCAAAACAAAUGCAGCGACAUCGUGUUUGCUCGUAAGACGGAGCGGGACGAGCUGCUCAAGGAGCUGCAGCAGAGCAUCGCUCGAGAGCCCAGCGCCCCGUCCUUCAGCGUCCCCGCCUACCAGAGCACGCCCGCCGCCCCUGUGGCCGGACCGACCCCCGCCCCCAGAACUGUUUUCCAGCCUCAACAGCCCCAGCAGCAGCCAAAGGCCCAACCCCCAUCAAGGCCACCUCCCCCUAAUAUAGCUCCUCAGGCAGCCUCCGCCACCCCAACAAGUGCACCACCCGUCGGACCCCCCACCAACAACCCGCCGCCCAUGGCACCCAUCUCCCAGGCGCAGGGACCCCCUUACCCCACUUAUCAGGGUUAUCCGGGUUUCUACCAGGUGCCGAUGGGCUACAACCCUUACCCCUACAACAUGCCCAACAUGGCCUUCAUGCCCUUCCAGGGGGCCCCGGGACAAGGAGGAUACCCAGGAGCCCCUCCCGCUGGACAGCCGUACCCCGGCUACCCACAGCAGCCCCCGCAGCAGCAGCAACAGCAGCCCUACUACCCCCAACAAUAACUCUCCCCUCUUCAUCUCUACUCUUUGAACCAAAAAGAGAAAAAGAAAAAAAAAAACGUUCCCCAGCAAUAACACUUCAUCUCCGCGGCCCAUCCUGGUUUUGUACUCCGCUGGCUCUCACUAACAGCAGCUGUAGGAUGUGGGACUUCUAUGCUGCUGCGCACUUUUUCUUAAGAGAUUCUUCACCGAUUUCUUUUCUUUCUUUUUUACUGUCAAUCUAAACAUUUCUUCCUUCCUCCACUUUUUGUCUUUUUUUAAAUUUCAUUUUGGAAAUCCGUGCACUAACUUCCUCUGACGUCCCAUAGAUGUUAUUUUCUAUCAUUUAAUGGUUUAAUCACCAGUUAUGUUGAACCCUAAUCCAUUUCACUGAUAAGCGACUGUUUGCGGAGCUGGACCUCUCUACGAUGGGAAGCAAACUUCUUGGUUUGGGAGCGUUGAAUUAAUUAGAAACCCGUCUGACUGUACUGUCACAGCUUCUGUUUCGACUUUAAUACUAUUUUUGUAACUAAGCUUGCCUAAUGCAUAAUCCUAGAACAUCGAAUGAGCUGUAGGAACCCCGCUCUCCUCUUUUUGCUCUCCUUCGCCCAAAGGAACGCGGGUUUCUUUCUGUGACACAAUCAGAAGCUGUACAAGUGAGAGAACCUGAUCUACAUUAUAAAUAUAUGUAUAAAUAAGACUGUGUGGUUAACCAAGACACUUUGUGUGCUGCACUCCCGUGUUAUUCAUUUUUAGUUUUAUUCUUCAGCUCUAAUGUGAUUAAAAAAAAAAAAAGAACUGCAA